AAAAAACUCAUGCCCAUCGGAAUUACAUCGAUGAUAUUCCUCGUGACGUUAAAAUUCGGCGUCUUAACGAGAUAAUCAAUUCUUUUCAUGAAAACGCAAAAAUCCGAUAUAGUCAAUUUAUUGGUAAACCACAAUUAGUUUUAAUUGAAGGUUAUUCAAAGCGAGAUAGUCAAAGGUUAAAAGGAAUCUCUGACGGAGGGCAUAAAAUUCAUUUCGAUGAUGCUAACGUAAUUGAUUGUAUAGGAGUAAAUAAUAAUAAUAUUGAUCUGAUGAUGAAACAUUUGGAAAAUAGUUCAAAGAGAAAUAGAUUUAAUAAUUUAUUUGACAUUUCUCAAAAGACAACAAAUAUGAAAUCAGGAGAUUAUGUUCUGGUGUUACCAAUUUCAACAACUGGUUGUUCAUUUGACGCGAUACCAUUAGCAAAAAUGUCUAUUGCACAGUUUAAUAAUGGAAAAUUUAGCGAAUAUAAUAUAAAUGUAGGAGACAAUUUGCAUGUAUUUAUUGAUAAAUAUAAAAACGUGAACAAGAUUUGA